AUGCUUUCCUCCCUUAAGGCUGGCCGAUUAAAGCUUAAUGAGUACUAUUCAUUAAGGCUAAGCACAGCUCUUCAUAAUCUGCUUCGCCUAAAGAAACCUAAAGCGAAGCCGCUACUAAGUCUUAUCACUGCUUCACAUCUCCCAUUUUUAUUCCUUAAACAUCAGGAGUUUACCGAUGUUAUUAAAUACGCACGCCUUACUCUAACUACACUAACCAUUCCCUCACGACGAACUAUCCGUGAGCGGUUAAAGGCAUUUAUCAAUAAAUACUAA